ACCCAGCCUCCCCUCUGCUCGAUGUCUCCUGACCCACACACAUCAUGGGCUGCUAACAAACAUAAGGACAACUUAGGAUUUGAUUUGCUCUUUGGACUAGCCUAGCCUUCCCUCUAGGCCCCAUUCGGAAGCGUAGACAUUCCUUUUCGGCCACUUUAAGCGACAGGUGGCAGAUUUUUCGCUUCUUUGUAGGGGGCCGUGAAACAAACGUGGGUUUUGUCGGAACUAACAGGAAAAAUACAGAGAAACAGCGUGGUGCUUUUCGGCUGGAAAGUAUUCCGGAGCAGGGAAUUGACUCUUGAGCUUGUGUUUUCUGCUUAUUAGCGCAUGAGAGAUGGAAGUCCGGUCCUCCACCACCACGACAACCAUAGUUGAGAGCAAGAACGAUGUGAGCUCUCAGUCCGGACGCACGUCCAAGCGCACCAUGACCGAUGACCUCUACAGUACGUUCAGCUCUCCCAUGUCCUGGAUCCUGGUGCUGGCUCUCGUCCUGACCUGGUCGGCCGUGGCCGUCAUCAUGUUUGACCUGUUGGAUGCCAACGGCCUUGAAGCCCAUACAUUAUACUGUGACGACCCCUGUUUACCACCUGGGCCACAGCCACAUCGUGUCAGGAAAACAUUAAAGGAUGCAGGCGGCCUUAGAGGGGGUAUCAGCCAUGAUCACAUGAAGCCGGUGAGCGACGCCAUGGAGGACUCUACUGAUUGGAUAACCUCAAUCUUGACUUUUGUGACUAAUUUAGUAGCACCAGAACCUGAGGAGCAUGAAGCAUUACUUCAUACAGAGGAGUUUUGAGAAUGGAGAACAAGGGAUUUCUGCCUGGAACUGUCAACCAUUACACAGUGUGCCACGUGUGUGUGAUUCUACAAAAUUACAAUAAAAAAGAAACAAACAAUGUACAA